AGCUGCAGCUUCUGCUUUCCUCAUGAACAUGGAUCACUGAUCAUUGGUGGAUGGGUAACGUAUUGCGUCACGCAUCGCAUCACUUCCUGGUGUUUGCGGUCUGCUGCCGUCUCACGGCGUUUGCAGGCUCUGAUCUCUCCCAACUUUUUUUGUUUAAAAGUUAGAUUGUUUUCUGGUAAAAUAGCACUAUAUCUGGUACAGUUCUGUCUUUAUUUCAACACUCGCUCAUUUUCUCUUCCGUAACUUUCACUGUCACCAAUCACCGAUACAUUUUCUGUCCGUUAGCCUCUGUUAGCAUCUUAGCAUGGGCUCUCCGUCUCCCACCGUUUCACCUCUUUGGUGCUCAGUGUGUGAAAUGUUUAGCUAUUCCUCUGCCUCCUUUAGUGAAGACGGUAAGUGCUUAAAGUGUAGUUUAUUUACAGGACUGGAGGCGAGGCUCAGUCAGUUAGAGGUCCGGUUCUGCCCAUUUGACCAUAGAUCGAUAACCUCCUCAGCUAACCAGGCUAAGCUAGCGGCGGACCGGCCCAUAGCAGCUGAGCGUAGCCGCUCCCCUGCAGCUCCCGAGCAGCUGGCCAGUCAGGGCCGGUGGGUGACGGUUCGGAGGAACCGUAGUCUUAAAGGGCUCACGGAACCCCACCACCUUCUUCAUGUGUCUAACCGAUUUUCCCCACUCAGCAACACACCCGUUGAGAAGCCGACCCUGGUGAUUGGCGACUCCAUAGUCCGGCAUGUGAAGCCGACUCCAGCGACCAUAGUUAGGUGUAUCCCGGGGGACAGAGCGAGCGACAUAGAAGCAAAUUUGAAGCUACUGGCAAAGGGUAAUCGUAAAUAUGGUAAAGUUAUCAUCAAUGUUGGAGCUAAUGACUCCCGUCUUCGCCAGUCGGAAGUAACUAAAAUGAAUAUUGUCUCGGUGUGUAACUACGCCAAAAGUAUGUCGGACUCCGUAGGUUAUUCUGGUCCCCUCCCCAAUCUGACCAGCGAUGACAUGUUUAGUCGCAUGCUCUUGCUCCGCCGCUGGUUGUCUCAGUGGUGUUCAGAAAACGACGUGGACUUUAUUGACAACUGGGAAACAUUCUGGGGAAAGCCCGGUCUGAUUAGAAGAGACGGCAUUCAUCCCACCCGGGAUGGUGCAGCUCUUAUGUCUAGA